UUUGCGCGUGGAUAAGCUGGGAUUAGUGGACCGCACUUGGUAGUCCCAGUAUUGGCAGGAGGAGUACGCAAGCGGCGCCGCAAUCUUUUAUCACCAUCACGUUAGUACAAGUGAUAGAUCUGGAUCACGUUAGUACAAGUGAUAGAUCUCGAUCACGUUAGUACAAGUGGUGGAUCUGGAUGCCGGUUGUGGAGACUUGUAUUAAGUGAUCAAUUUCAAUUUGUUUUAAGUUCACAUUGGAUAUUACGUGUGGAUUGGAGAACUAAUGAUUGGAAUACCUGUAUGAUUUUCUCGCUUGUUGGCGCCAGUAAACAGGCUGUAUUGUUAUUGAGUCGGCCACGUUCUCUAUACUAGACAAGAAGAUUCAAAUCUUCAAGAUGUGACGUAAGAAGGAAUUCAUCAAUAAGGGGGCUCUCAAACUCCUACAACCACAGUCUGAUAACCAAACAACAAAAUGUCCCCGCUGAUUCUAAUUCUCUUGGCGUGCCUGGGCGCCGCAGAGGAGGAGCAUCAAGAGCGGCGCUGCCAGAUUGAGCACGAAGGCUGCACAUACAACAUCUACCUCAGCCACAAAGAUGUGGAGAUGAGGGAUGCCGAAGCCAGGGAAACCAGCAACUGUGGGACCAAGCGCCAGCAGCUGGUUCUGGACGGCGCUCAGAACGACUACACGGCCAAGAUAGAUGACAUCGAGAAGAACUUUUCCUACUUGAGAGACGAACACGAACAGAGGAUUAAGGAUCUGGAGAGUACAGUCCGAGAGCUACUGGGAUUGGACACCAAGCCAAAAAAGAACUCAGGCGAAGAUGACUCACUUGAGAUAUCUAAAGACAAACUACCUCUGAAUCAGCUCAACAAUGAAGCCGUUAUGGAUAUUUUGGAGGAAGAGUUUGAUAAGCUGCGCAAAGAGAUACGAGAAAAAACCAAUGAUCUACUGGACAUUAAACUUAGACUGAACGAGACCAGCACCAAGCUUCAGGAGGCACAAGUCCAGCACGUGCAGGCUAGCAAUGACCUACUCAGUGCAGAGAACCAGAUAACAACAUUACUAAGAGAGAGAUCAGUGCUGAAGAAUCAACUCAAGGAUAGGUCCUACAAGUUGGAACUCUCCUCGCAAAAAGCCACUGAGUGUGAAUUCAAGAACACUGACCAACAGGAACAAAUAAUGAAGUUAUUUCGGUCAGAGAGUACUUUAAAGGAAGAAUUAAUGAUGACCCAAUUAAAGCUGAACCAAUCCAAAGUAGAGUUGGCAGCUGUUGAAGAGAAACAUAACUCAUUGAAGGCGAAAUUCGAUCGGACAAGGACCGUCUUGAGAAUACGUGAGAAGGAACUAAUGGACUGUUAUUACGCCAAGACCAGCACUUUCUGUGGCUUUGAAGACCCCAACAUGUGUGGCUUCACCAACAUCAAUGACACUUCGGACUAUUUUGACUGGGAACGAAUUAAAGGGGUCACUCCCUCGGCCAAGACUGGACCUUCCAAAGAUCACACGUGUGACGGUCCAACAGGUCAUUUCAUGUACAUCGAAGCCUCGGCCAAAGGCAAAGGACACAACGCCAUUCUGUACUCCCCUCUCUACAGAGGUGUGAGUGAACAGUGUGUGGACUUCUUCUAUCACAUGUAUGGUAGACACAUAGGGACACUCAACGUCUAUGCCCAGGCCCGAGGAGAUGUACUAAGGUCGGUGUGGAGGGCGUAUGGUAACCAAGGAGACGUGUGGUCUAAUGCCAGGUUGGCCAUCCCCAAGGAACUUGCCAUGUCAGGUUAUCAGAUUGUUUUUGAAGGUAUAACAGAAAAUGGUUACCAGGGUGACAUUUCUAUUGACGACGUUAGUGUCACAGACGGUCCUUGCCCAGUGGACAAGAAAGUUGUGGCAGUCAAAGUCGCCAUCAACACAACGUCACUAGUAAGCGAAGAGAGAUCACUCUCAUCGGCCACCAUCAACGAAAGCAAGCCGUUGUCUCCCAUUGUCAAUGAGAUCAAACCGCUUCCACUUGCAGUUAGCGAGAUCAAACCACUGCCGACCAAACCACUUCCAACAGUGCAAAGUGAAAACAAAACACGUGGGAAAAAGCACAGGAAGAAUCUGAGACGACAUAGUGGAAAAUAGAACAUUGAAAAUACAUAUGAGAAACUUUGAAGUGACUUGAAAGAUUGUUACACAAUUGAGUAGAUUUUUUUUUCAGAUGUUUCCAAUGUGUUAGUGAAAGUAUAUUUCCUGUUUUUGUAUUAUUUAUACAACUUUUUACUUACUUAUAUUGGGAGGGUUUUCACACUACAAUAUUAUCACAGAAAUGUGGUGAACAGUUUUUAAAUGAAUAAAUUAAUUAAUAAUGUCAAGGAUGCCAUAAUGAAAGAUCGCUGUUGCAAAUCAUAUAAAAAAAAAUUACUUUCUGCUUUAAGCAAUAGAGACUAUAAAUAAAUUUGAUUCUUAUGCACAAAAGCUAGUAUGUUUUUUAUUACUUUUAUAUUCAGGACACACCAAAAAGCUUGUCUUUUAUAGAUUUGCAACCAUGUAUGACUAUAUCCAAUAGUGCAGUACAGAAUAUUAGCAUUGCAUAUAGUUUCUAGCCACAAGUAGAUUUAUAAAAGUUUUUUUGAAACCACUGUUCCUCCUUUUUAUUUUAAAACAGAAGGAUAAUUAUACAUUUUAAAACAAGAGGAAAAUCAUACAAAUAAAAUAUGUUAGUCUGUUAAGGUUAACUAAAUUGGAAACCAUAUUUUAUUAUAUUGCUGUACUUUUAGCACUUUUAGCUCAUUCAUUAAAAAAAUAUGAGAUACUUUAUUACUAUAAAGAUUUAGUCAAAGGUAUUUUGCCCAAAAUUGAGAUAGUGUGGGCAUUAAACUUUUAUGCCCUGGCCAGAAAUGCAUUAAUAAUUUGCAGCCCUUUAGAUGAUGCUACUACAAAUAUUUUUUUUAACUUCCUAAAAUCUGUUAUAAGAGCUAAGUAGUUUUAAGCUCGAAAAGCAACAUUUGCACAAAUUUAAUCUAACUUAUCUACACAAGAAGAACCCUACCAGUGGCUAGAUACAUACAAAACUAGAAAUACAAUAUUAUGCUUACAUUUUAAAAUUUUCUGAAAAAUAUAUGGUUCUGAAAUUCAGUUCUUAGAUUUUUUAAAAAUCUUAAUAAAUCAUUUUUAAUCUCUAAUUCAGAUAUCUAAAAGCAACAUUCAUCACAUUUGUGUCAUAAAGCUGCACUUCCUAAUUAUAGACAGAAUUAGUUUUCUGUUUUUCUUGAAUAUUUAAAAAAAUUCUUUUGGGUUAUUUAGGCUCAUAGCAAAUAAUAAUUCAGCUAUCCACUUCCUUUUUUUUUUGUUUUGUUUAAUCAAUUUUCUUUUGUAAAAAAUGUAUAUUAUUAUGACUGUCAUGAAAACAUGUCACAUUUUAUUUGUUUAUUUUGUAUGAAUGAAGUAUACUUGAUUUUAAACAUAAAAUAAAAAAAACUCACCAUGACACAGUGCCUUAUUUUAUUUCACUAUUUGUUAUAAAUGUUUAUUAAUUUCAACUUUAAUGUGAAAGGUAGAAAGGGAGGCAAAUACUAUGUAGAUUUGUUUAAUAAUUAGUAAAAGUUCCCCUUUCAGACCUUCAUGAUUUAUAGGGCAGAUAAUGUAAAGGUCAUCUGUUUCAGUGGCCCAUGGUUAACAAGGGUGUCAUAUGGCCAGAACAAUGACCUUUACUUUUCCUCAACUAAUGUCAGGUAACCAUUAGAGCUGGGUGGACUCAGAGGCAUCCAAAGAUCUCAAAAUUAAAAUUCCCAUUCUUCACUAGGAUUCAAACCCGGGACACGAGACACCCAGUUUGGAAGCCAAGCACUUUAUCGCUCAGUCACCGCACCUCCUUGAUUAAUAAUUAAUUAUUUUUUUUUUUAUAAAUUAUUCUUGUUUAUUUAUUAAUUUUGUUUUUGCACUUUGUUAAAAUAUGACUUCUAAACCUUUUUUCUUUUUUUAAAGCUAAUCUUCUUAAGUGGAGCGAUUGUGAUGGAGUGAUUUUUUGUUCUGUUUUAUUCAAAUCCAAUAACUCUAAAAAGAUGAAAAAAAAGAAGUUAAAUUUCUCUUCAGAUAUAGUGGCAAAGUAUGAAGCUCACAACUGGGGUAUUAAUUCACAUAACAUAUAACACUAUUUCUUCAUUGUCUGAUUUAAAGACAAUGUUUUAUUAUUGUAAAAAAAUUAAAAAGGAAUCAUGAUUUUUAACUUCAAACAUCAAACUUUUAUUGCUAUAGAAUUUCCUAUAUACCAUAGAUCUAAAUGUUUUAAUGCAUCACUAAUAUGAGUAGUAACAAUCAAAACCAGUUUCUUAAAACCUCUCAGAAUAUCAUUUACUGUAUACUUCUUUUGUAAUAUGUGAAUGCAAAAAUAUGUGAAGCCUACCUAGAGCUGUUUUCUAAAAAAAAAAAAAAAGUUUUCUUAUAUUGAUUUAUUUGUAGUACAAUUUAAAUAGAAGAUACUGUAUAUUUAAGGCCUUGUAAUAAAGAAACAUAAAAUUAUUAAAUAAAAAAAAUUAAUGACAUGUUGACAUUGAUAUAAAUGUUUAUGCCAGAAAAUGUUCAAUUACCAGUAGGCCUACUUGCCUCUAGGGCUGUUUGUUGUCUGAAUAAAUAAAUAUUUUUUUUGCAUAUAAGUAAAUGAAUGCAUUUUUUUGUCAUAAAAAGACUAAUUAAUAUUAGAAUAUAUCUUCAUAUUUUUCCUAACAUGCCAGAAAAUGUUCAAUUACCAGUAGGCCUACUUGCCUCUAGGGCUGUUUGUUGUCUGAAUAAAUAAAUAUUUUUUUUGCAUAUAAGUAAAUGAAUGCAUUUUUUUGUCAUAAAAAGACUAAUUAAUAUUAGAAUAUAUCUUCAUAUUUUUCCUAACAUUUUUAAAUUAAUUUUUUUUUUUUAUGUUUUUAUAUUUUAUUUGUAGGAAUUUUUUGUGUAAAUAUGAUUUCCAUCUUUUUGUACACCAAAUAACAUGAACAAAAGUUGUUUUAACCUUUUUUGUUUUUGUACUGCCAGUUGUUUAAAUAGCACUUUUUACUUUUGUUUUAUAUAAAAGUAAUUACAAGCAUAAUGAACAGUUUUGCUUGACCUCACCUUGAGUUUUUUUUUUUCAAUUAAAAUGUUUCAUGAUAACUUAGGAAUUUUUCAUUUGUGUUCUGGUUUAACUGUUGUUUUUUUUUGUUUAUUGUAUGCUAUUUACACAUCAAGUGUUGAAAUGUUCUAAGAUGCACUUCACAACCACAUACAAUAUAUAGAUAUAGAAAUUGAAGAUGCCAUUAGUUUAAAAAUAUUCAUCUAGCUAGUGAUUAUUAUUACAACACAGUGCAUAUUGUCUAGGUGUAAGGGACAAGCAAGCCAAUACAAUAAAUGGAUCAAUUGCAAGUUAAAGGAUUGGUGUAGACCACAAACCCACUAGCUUCUAGAGGUGGGUGAAAAGGCAUACAGCACAUGGAAUAUGUUUGAUGUUGUAUUGGCAAUGUUAGAACUGGGCAUAACAGAUUUUGAAUUAACAUAUUUUUUUAAAAUAAGUAUAAAGUAAGGAAAAAGAAUUUAAUUAAAUGAAUUCAAAUUUUUAAAAAUUUUUAAGUUAGUGAGUUGGAACUAUCUGGAUUCCACUGUAUGUAUAUACAAAGCCUUAUUAUUAUAGAUAGAAAGAAAGAUACAAACACCUAAGUGAACCCUCAUUUCAUUAGUAAAAUUAUGACAAGAUUUCAAAGAAACCACUUCUUGAAUCCAUGGUGCUAUUUAUGAAGUUGAAUGUCAACUCUUGUACUCCUUAUCACUUCUUACUUACCUCAACUGAUGAUGUUAUCAUCUUUACAAUAAUGAAAUCAUGCCUAAGUGGGCCUAAUAGUUUUAUUUCUUAAUUUAUGUCAUUAUAUAGGACUACUUAUUUUUUAUUAGCAAUGUGAUGAAUGUCAAAAUAUUGAAUAGAUUAUGUUUUGGAUUAGUGUUGAUUCAUAUUAUUUGCAGAUACAAUUCCUUUUUUUUUUCUAAGCUGUUUACUAUAGAACUUUUUUUUUUUGUUAAAGUGUAAAAAAAGAAAUAUUUAGGAAAAAAAAAAAUGACCAAAACUUUUUGUUGUAAAUAUAGUUUGCAUUAACCAAUAAACAAAAGUACUAAAUAAAUGACA